GAAAAAUCCAGAGCCCUGAAAACGUGACCUGAAAGCCGAGGCAGCCAUAAAUAGACUUUGUGACCCGAAAUGUAGACGAGUCUAACUGAAUCAGGCAGGAGGAACGUUCAACAUCACGCUCAGAAGGUGUUUCUGGUUCUGCAGCUGUCCUUCAUUUCGUAAUAUUACUCGAGGGCAUUCCUUCCACGUUCCAGAAUAGAGUCGAUGACUUCAUUGCUCUCUUUCGCCAGAAAAAUACGAGCUUUGACAUCUACCCCUCACAAGAGCCUCCGUCCCCGCGAUCGAAUGCUUGUCAAAAACACAUUCACGAUCAACAUGCAGCCUCCUCGGGAUCCCAAUACUUUGUCCAAUUACAACCACUGGAAAACCAAGAAUACCUUGGCUGAUCUGUCUGUGGACUUCAAAAAGCAGUGCCUCAAGGGCAGUGUCACGUUGCAGCUGGAAUCCAUCACCGAGAAGGAAUCUGAGGAGAUUGUCCUGGAUACCAGCUUCUUGGAUAUCCAGGCGAUCACGGUAAAUGGAGAGAAAACCAAAGAUUGGACGGUUGCCGAAAGAUCGGAGCCUUAUGGUAGCCCUCUUUUGAUCAAGGUUCCAGGCGGAAAACCAAAGGGGCAAGUUGUCGAUGUCCAAAUUGCCGUGUCCACGACGGAGAAAUGUACAGCUCUGCAAUGGUUUUCGGCAUCUCAAACUUCCAACAAGAAAUUCCCGUACAUGUUCUCUCAGUGUCAGGCAAUCCACAAUCGAUCUCUCUUUCCUUGCCAAGAUACUCCAGAUGUGAAGAGCACUUAUACCUUCAAAAUCCGUUCACCCCUACCAGUUAUAGCUAGUGGGCUUCCAACUGGGUCAUCAUCUUUCGAGCAUGGCGAAAAUGGUGAGCCGGGCACAUUGCUCUACUCAUUCCGUCAAGAUAUUCCAAUGCCAUCAUAUCUGUUUGCCUUAGCAUCUGGUGACAUUGCAACUGCGUCCAUUGGACCAAGAUCUCUCGUUUCUACCGGCCCCGAAGAGCUUUUGGCUGCAAAAUGGGAGCUGGAAGAAGGCACCGAGAGAUUCAUUGAGAUUGCAGAGAAGUUGAUCUAUCCUUAUGCGUGGACUCAAUACAAUGUUCUGGUAUUACCUCCUAGUUUUCCCUAUGGAGGUAUGGAAAAUCCGGUAUUCACGUAUGCUACCCCGACUGUCAUUAGUGGUGACCGAGAGAACGUGGAUGUCAUUGCUCAUGAAUUGAGUCACUCUUGGAGUGGAAAUUUGGUUUCAGCAGCAAGUUGGGAACAUUUGUAAGUUUUGUGAUUUUAUUGUAACAAUAUUUUCCACUACGCACAGUGAUUUACUGACUCUCAACAGCUGGUUGAACGAGGGCUGGACAACCUACCUCGAAAGACGCAUUGGAGCCGCUGUUCAUGGAGAACCCCAUAGAGACUUUUCAGCCAUCAUUGGAUGGAAGGCCCUAGGUAAGAUCUCAAAGGCAUUGAUUCGAUUUCAACUAUACUGACCACAUGCCAGAGGACUCUGUUAAGCUUUUCGGUCCCGACCAUGAAUUCACCAAGCUUGUUGUUGACCUCAAAGGCAAAGAUCCCGACGACGCAUUCUCCACUGUUCCAUACGAUAAGGUCAACUUCUAACUCACUAAUUUGUUUGUAUUUUCAACUAACCUUCUUAGGGGUUUCACUUCCUUUACUACCUAGAGAAGCUCGUAGGAAUUGACAAGUGGGAUAAAUUCAUUCCUCACUAUUUCACAACCUGGAAGGAGAAAUCUUUGGAUUCAUACGAGUUCAAGGCUACUCUCCUUGACUUUUUCGCAUCCGACAAGGAAGCAGCGACCAAAUUAGAAUCUGUCGAUUGGGAUACAUGGUUCUUCAAGCCUGGACUGCCACCGAAGCCUGAUUUUGAUACCAGCAUGGUGGACAAAUGCUAUGCCUUAGCUGAUAAAUGGGAAUCAAAAGUACGUCAAGCAAGGCCCAUUUUUAGAUAAUGAUCUAACACUGCACCAGGAUUACGUCCCGAAAGCCUCAGACAUUGAAGGCUGGGCUGCAAACCAAACAGUUGUCUUCCUCGAAAAGGUCCAGAGCUUCGAGACACCAAUUACUCCCUCCCAAUCCAAGGCAAUGGGCGAAGCGUACUCGCUAGUCAACACCCGCAACGUUGAGCUCUCAGCCAGAUACUUUGGCAUCGGCAUGACCAGCAAGGAUGAGAGCGUUUAUCAACCCGCCGCAGAGCUUCUAGGUAAGGUGGGUAGAAUGAAGUUCGUCAGACCGCUGUAUCGAAAGUUGAAUGUCGUUGAUCGUACCUUGGCAUUGGCGACCUUUGAGAAGAAUAAGGAUUUCUAUCAUCCGAUUUGUAGGGGGAUGGUGGAGAAGGAUUUGGGUCUUUGA